UCGUGGUGGUCAAUUCAUGUGUGAAAAUGAUUCUUCAUGCUCCCUGAACCACACUUUCACAAUUUGAAGGAAGAAAAAAAUCCAUUGAUGAGAGAACCUGGUCAUUCAGUCCAUUCAGGCAGCAGCGAUGCUCAGAAAAAAGACCAAAGCAAAGAAGCAUAAGAAAGAACGAAAGAAACACAGAUCGUCAACAUCCUCUAGCGAAGAUCAGGGAAAAGAGGACACAAAGAGACACAGGGGCAGAUGCAGGGACAAAAACAAGCAUGUGCGCAGUGAAAGCACUGAUUGUCCACGAUCACCGAGGGAAAUCGCUGCAAAAAGUGGGAUGCACAAAAAAUCAGAUGGAGAAAGUAUGAAGGUGAAAUUGGAGGUAAACAAAGACUCUCAUGGCCAUGAGCACAGGGCAUUGCGCAGCUCACUGAAGCACUCUUCCUCACGACAUUAUACAUCUACCUCAACAAGGAGCUCCAACAGCAAAAUUUCUGAAGUCCCAACCAAAGAAUGGGAUGAGUGCAGUAAAACCCGAGGAAAGCUGAGGUCUUCUUCAGAGGAGCCUGAAAAGAGAGCAGCUGAGGCUGAAGAAAAGAGGAAGAAACUCAUGAAAAGAAGGGCAUCAAAAGAGGAUGAUUACCCAGUGACCAAACGAAGUGCCAACAAAGAACAGGCUGAUGUCAGGCGAGAGAGAAAGGAGUUAGUGGAGAGGGGGUACAGGAAGUCAAAUGAAGAGCAUAUCUCAGAAUGGAAAUGCAGCAGUCAUGAGAAAUGUCAGAGCAAGCACUCAUCUAAAGAGUCUAAACAUCCAGCUUCCACCUUUACGCAAAAUGUCAGACCGAAAACGCAGGGUAAGGGACACUCAGUGUCCUGUAAUCCCCCUACUUCCAGAGAAGAGCCGUCAUCAUGUGUUCCUUCGCUUCCAAUCUCUUUCAAGAUCUCAAAGAAGUCUAGUGUUGUGAAGGCACGUGCAAGCACAGCUAGUUGGGAAAAUGUUAAAAAGUCUCCCGUCACCAGUACGUGCUCUCCUAAAACAACAGACUCUCAAUCUAUGAAGGUUACCCUUGAACACACUAAACCAAGACCUACAGAGCUUCCUUCUCCAGUUCCUUCCUGUUCUCCUCCUGUCCAGCUACUGCAGUUGAGUGGAACAAAAGAGACGAGUGCCCCAAGCAGCAGUAAUGCUUUAAUGGAACAUGUGAGUUGUUAUGAUGUUUCUCCUGAGUGCAGAGAAACUACUGAUGAUGAUUAUGAGAUGCAGAUAGUUGAAGAGUUGCACCUGGCCCGGUCUAACAGACAACUACAUGUGAAUGUAGAGAAGAGUUAUGGGGAACUGACCAGCAUGGACGUAGACCCGCCUGAAGAUAGCGCCACCAUUGCACUCAGUCAGAAGCAGCAGCAGGAUAUCUUCGUCGUGCUGGACACCAAUGUUCUCCUCAGCCACCUGGACUUUGUAAAGAAAAUUAGAUCCCAUGGAAUUGGAGCUCUGGGCUUCCCGACGCUGCUGGUUCCCUGGGUGGUUCUACAGGAGCUGGAUUCGUUGAAAAGCGGGAAACUGUCAAAGAAUGUGGAAAGCAAAGCCCGGCCUGCUGUCGACUACAUCUACACCUGUCUGAAGAACCAGGAGCCACGCCUCUGGGGCCAGUCCAUGCAGCAAGUGUCUCAAGCUGCCUGCGGGCUGAACUCCGUGAAUAAUGAUGACCGAGUGCUGCAGUGCUGUUUGCAGUAUAAGGCACUGUAUCCAGAGGCCACUAUUAUGCUGUGCACCAACGAUAAGAACCUGUGCAAUAAAGCUCUCCUGAGUGGAGUCAAGGCCCUGAGUAAAGCCGAUCUACAGGAGCAGGCCAAAGUAAACCCUGAGCACUUUCACCAACGCUGUGGACAGACUGCUGCUUAUCCAGAUGCGGCACACAUUAAGCAACAUCAAGAAGAGAAGACACAAAGGCCAUGUCAAGAGGACGAGGCGAGAAGGAAGAAGGAGACUGAGCGAGAACUGAGCGAGUGUGUGUCCAUGCUGGAGAGCAGCCUGCAGAGUGCACUGUCUGCCAUCCUGGAGGAAGAGAUGAAGGCUGCAUUUGGAGAGCUAUGGCUCGAGGUGGUGUACAUGAAGCCUCCGUGGAGUCUGGAUGCUUUGCUUCGGUGUUUUCGGAAGCACUGGAUCGCUGUGUUUGGAUUCAUUAUCAGAAGAAGUCUGAUCACUUGUGUGGAGACGCUCAGCAGCUUUGUCCGCACAGAUGUGUCAGUAGAUCACAGCUCCGUUCUGAACGCAGUGUCUGUGGCCAAGGAGCUUCUUACAGCGCUGCACUGCAGGUCUUCAUACGGUGGCCAUGUAGACUCGGCCCUCUCCUGCCUCAAGACCUUACAGCAAAGACUGCAAGCCAAGCCUCAGAAAUCCCCAGUGGAUGACCGAGGUGGUGACACACUAAUGGCUGAUGCAGUUCAGGAUGUAGCUCCGCCUCCACAAGCUUCUCAUCAGGAAGUGUGGGCUUUGUUCGAGAGCAUUUGGAACAAUGUGUGCCAUGUCAGCUCGGCUGUGUUCUCAGCGCUGCACUUCUCUCCAGGCUCAGUGGGUUCAGCAGAGCCACCAUCCACUCCACCUCCCCAGGACGCCCUCAGCUGCCUCCACAGGCUCAAUGCUGCUCUCGAGCAGCUGCUGGAAGCCUUCCAGAGGUUACUCUCUGCGGGCAGCACUGUAGAAGAUGCUCAGGCUCUGCUUACCUUUAUUCACACUAGCGAGAUCUCUGCCAUAGAACCACGCUUCACUGCCAAGGACCUGCUUGAGUGCCUGUCUCACCACGAGUACAGGGAGAAGCUGCGUAUAGGAGGAGCGCAGCUGAUGGAGCUGAGAGAGAACCUGCAUCGAUGCGCAGCCGCCGUGUUCGGUACAAACGGAGGCCGCACCUAACGUCGACAAACCGCUUCAUUCUUUUAGAUUCUGACAACAUGCAGUAUAAAGUUUAGAAAUAACCCAAACUGCACUGACAACCACAUAACCACUACCCAGCUGGUUACUACUGUAAUUAAUAUUUACAAGACGCUAUAUGAGAUCUGAACCAAAACCUGAUGACGGAUGAGAUGAAGUUAAGCAUUUUAAGCAGUUCUAAGUGUAUUUCAGGACCAGAUCCUAGAACGAUGUUAAAUUGCUGGAGAUUGAGUCCUCAUUUUCAGAUAGAUGUAGCCUAGCAAGACCCUCCUUUGAUCCGCCUCCUUUUUUCUGCUGUGAAUGCAGGAUGUUUUUACAUCAUCAGCUCUUCUUUGUUCAUUUGCUAAAUCUGAUUUCUGCUCUUCUAAUUUAAGCUUCUGGCUGAUCCUCAGAUAUGAGAAGCACUCUACAAAGUGACCCGGGUGCAUCAAAUAUUGCACAUAAUAUAACUUGAGAUGUACUUGUAUAAUAUAAAGAUCUAUGCAGGGAUUUUUUGUACUGUUGAACAUUUUUUUUUAACAUUUUAUAUUCCUCUAAAAAUGCUGUCAGUAAAUAUAUAUUUAUUUCUGUUCUAAAUGGCAGUCAUUUGUGUUAUUUCCGUACAUUUUCUUUUUGAGGAAGUUACAGUAUUAUUGCCAGCGAUUGACUGAGACAGCACGGCUGCUCGCUUGAAAAGAAUCAGGGUGGGCGAUUGAAGCUCACAGAGGUAACACACCGGAGGUAAGAUCUCUGACCCAAUUACAGUACAAGAGGUCGUCAUAGCAGGAUUUGGUUUUCUAGUCAGAUCAUGCUCAGAUCAAGAGUCAAGUGGAAGUGAAAGAAGUCAUGUUUAUAGUGUAAAUAAUGCGAGACUCAUUUGUAGAUGAUACUAUUGUUUGGGUUUACAGUAAAAAUAGAGGAACAAGUCAGGAGUAAAGCUGACUUAUUAAGAACCGAAAAAAGUUUUAAUUCAUGUAGUACCUUCCAGAAUGAUUCCUGAGGAUAAGCAAAAAUUAAUAGAUAUAAAAGAAUAACUUACAAGGACUGGGCUCCCCCCCCCCAUCAUAUUCUGGCAGAGGCCAAACAGGUUUAAAUAUCCUGGUCCUCAAGACUGGAUGUUGUUCCCAUUCCUGAUAAGUGUGUCUGAACCAUCAGCCCCAAAACAUCCCUGAAGAGUCACUUGUUUACAGGAAACCAGAUGCUUUUCCUUGCUGUAUGGGCAAAAAUCUUUUUGGCAGUUCUAAGUGAUGCUCUCAGGAAGGGUGUCUUUCUUGCAUUACGUCCAAACAGCUUGUUUUCAAACUGGUGAUCUUUUAGGCUCUUUUCCACUCUGGUUCAGAUAGGUGUCAAUUUUUUAUUUUUAUUAUGGCCCCAACAGCACUUAUAUAUACACACGGUGUUAAAAAAAAUUGAUAUCAUUCCACAAUCUAAUAACUUUGCCAAUUCUCAUUCAGUUGACCUCAAAUUUUAACAGCAUUUUAAGUAUAGAAAUGCCAUUCACUAGAAAAGAAAAGGCGUUUUGUGCAUUGUGUACACUCGAACAAGACUGUGUAGUGUGCAUUUAUAAGAGAAUUCUCAAAAAAAAUGCACCGUUACCAGAAAAGAUGGUUACCAAAGAUCUGCUGCAGCGUGUUUAGCAGGAGCUGGACUACCACCUUGGCGUGUGCCAUGUCUCAAACAGCACACAUACUGAAAGUUUUUUUUUUUCCCCUGGAAGUUGUUCAUGGACUCCACAUACCUUUUUUAAUUUUUCAUUCAAAUUUUAAGGAAUAAAUAUUAUUGAUCAACAUUAAGCCUGUUCAGUUUCAUUUGCCUAGACUAUGUAGUUUCUGGGAUAUUUACACUACCGUUCAAAAGUUUGGGGUCACCCAGACAAGUUUGUGUUUUCCAUGAAAAGUCACACUUAUUUACCACCAUAAGUUGUGAAAUGAAUAGAAAAUAUAGUCAAGACAUUUUGAGCAUUUAAUCGACCCCACAAAUGUGAUGCUCCAGAAACUCAAUCUGCUCAAAGGAAGGUCAGUUUUAUAGCUUCUCUAAAGAGCUCAACUGUUUUCAGCUGUGCUAACAUGAUUGUACAAGGGUUUUCUAAUCAUCCAUUAGCCUUCUGAGGCAAUGAGCAAACACAUUGUACCAUUAGAACACUGGAGUGAGAGUUGCUGGAAAUGGGCCUCGAUACACCUAUGGCGAUAUUGCACCAAAAACCAGACAUUUGCAGCUAGAAUAGUCCUUUACCACAUUAGCAAUGUAUAGAGUGGAUUUCUGAUCAGUUUAAAGUGAUCAUUGAAAAGAACAGUGCUUUUCUUUCAAAAAUAAAUUUCAGAGUGACCCCAAACUUUUGAACAGUAGUGCAUAUAUCAAUUUUUUUUUUCAA